GGGCGCUCCGCGAGCGGCGGCGGAAGCCGGAAGCGGCGGCGGGUCCCGGUCGGUCCCGGCGGGUCCCGGUCGGUCCCGGCCGCUCCCGGCGGCGCACCCCGACCCCGCCGGCUCCCGGCAGCGGCUUUCCCAGCGUCCCUAUCCCGGCGGAUUCCGUGCCCGGCGGGCCCUGGGCAUGGCGGGCCGCGGGAAGCUGAUCGCGGUGAUGGGCGACGAGGACACGGUGACCGGGUUUCUGCUGGGCGGCAUCGGGGAGCUGGACAAGCACCGGCGGCCCAACUUCCUGGUGGUGGAGAAGGAAACAAGCCUGGCGGAGAUCGAGGAGACGUUCCGGGGUUUCCUGGCGCGGGAGGACGUGGGCAUGAUCCUGAUCUCGCAGGCGCUGGCGGAGCAGAUCCGGCCGGCGGUCGCAGCCCAUGCCCGGGCGCUGCCCGCGGUGCUCGAGAUCCCCUCCAAGGACCACCCUUACGACCCGGCCCGGGACUCGGUGCUGCGCCGCGCCCGCGGGCUCUUCGCGCCGGAUGAGCUGCGAUAAAGCCCCCCAGGACCCCCCAGCCCCUCCCCACACUCCCCAGAUCCCCCCAGAUCCCACUCCAAGCUCCCCCAGACAGUUCCCUGACACCCCCCGUGUACGCAAACCCCCUGGCAGCCCCAAACUGUCCCCUGCCCGUGGCAUCUGCGCACCCAGCCACGGGUGACAGGCGCUUCCAGACAGUCCCCGGUGCCUUCCCAGCACCCCCAGACAGUCCUCCACCACUCUCCCAAAUUCUUCUUCUGGUAGUCCUCCCUGGUACCCCAAAACAGCCCGUGGCACCCACGGGGUCACAAGCCAGGCCUGGGGGUCUCCACCCCAGUGAAACCCACCCAGGGGCCAUUGUGCCCCAUGCCUGGGGGUCCCCACCCCAAGAAGUCCCCAGCCCAUCCCAGGGUGCUGCUGGGGGUCCCUGGGGUUCCCAGGAUGUCCUUUGGGUGCUGGGGGGCUGUGGUUGCCCCGUGGGUCUGAGGGUGACACGGGGAACCUGGCGUGUCUCUGAGGGUGCCUGGGGCUGCCACAGGGGCCCUGAGGGUGACCCGUGACUGUGUCUCAGGCAUGUCCCGUGAUGGGGAAGUGCCACCACUGUAUCCUGCUGAAUCCUGCCAAGUCCUGCCUGUAGGCAGGGAGGGACACUAUGUGGGGGGAAAGGAGCACCCCAAGGACACUGGGAGUUGUCACUGUGACCUUGUCACCAUUCUGCCAGCUCCUCCCCAGCCUCCUCAGCCCCAGCAGAACCUGGUGGGAAGGUUAUUUAUUGUCCUCCCCCAAUGCCCAAGUGUCAUUUGUGUCCCCGUGUGUCUCCCUGACAGUGUCCCCAACAUGUGCUGACACCACU